GCGCUUUUGCAAGCAGCUGUUCCCACCCUUCUCCACCCAUACAGGAAGCUGGGCUGCUAACCAGCUAGCUGUCAACAAAGGGCAAAACUGUACGAAAUCAGCAAAUCCAUGUGGAAGUCGGCGGUAUUGCCGACUUUGAGCUCCUUCCUCUAAAUUGCAUUUCUCUACUCUGCCAGCGGAAUCUGAAACAUGGCGACAACUGCUCAGCUGUUCGAGGAGCCCUUUGAUGCAGAUGAGUAUAUCGAAAGGUUGGCAUGGAGGACACCUGGAGGGGGCUCCAAAGGAGGAGCUGAAGCAUUUGACCCCAAAAGGCUGCUGGAAGAAUUUGAGAACCACAUAGAAGAGCUGAAGCAGUUGGAUGAGAAGAUCCAGCGGCGGGUGGAGAAGCUUGAACAUCAGUGUCACCGCGAGGCCAAGGAAUUUGCCCACAAAGUGCAAGACUUGCAGAGAAGCAACCAGGUGGCAUUUCAGCACUUCCAGGAGCUCGAUGAGCAUAUUAGCUAUGUGGCUACCAAGGUUUGUCACCUUGGCGACCAGCUGGAGGGGGUGAACACGCCUCGGCAGAGGGCCGUGGAAGCUCAGCGUCUGAUGAUCUACUUCAACGAGUUCCUGGAUGGAGACCUACGCAGUGACGUCUUCAAUAACCCAGACAAGAUUAAGGAGGCUGCUGAUAUAAUUCAGAAGCUGCAUCUCAUUGCCCAGGAGCUGCCAUUCGACAGAUUUGCAGAUGUCAAGGCAAAAAUUGCAAGUAAGUACCAUGACCUGGAGCGGCAGUUAAUUCAGGAGUUCACAGCUGCCCAGCGCAGGGGUGAGAUUGGACGUAUGCGGGAGGUGGCAGCGGUUCUAUUACAUUUCAAGGGCUAUGCACACUGUGUGGAUGUCUAUAUCAAGCAGUGUCAGGAAGGGGCCUACCUGAGGAAUGAUGUGUUCGAGGACACUGCAGUUCUCUGCCAGAGGGUCAACAAGCAGGUGGGCGAGGUCUUCAGCAGCCCAGAGACUGUUAUGGCCAAACUCAUCCAGAACAUUUUCGAAAACAAAUUACAGGCCCACGUUAGGGAAAAGCUGGAUGAGACUCGACACUCUGAUGUAGAACAGUACCUCAAGAACCUCUAUGACCUUUACACCAGGACCACUUUAUUGGCCACCAAGCUGGCAGAGUUCAACCUGGGCUCAGACAAGCACACUUUCCUGUCCAAGCUGAUAAAGAGCAUCUUCUCCUCAUACCUGGAAAGCUACAUUGACAUGGAGAGGGACUACCUCCGCACGCGAGGUGCCAUGAUUCUGCAGCGCUACUACGACUCCAAGAAUCACCAGAAACGUCUAAUUGGCACCGGCAGUAUCCAAGAACUGAAGGAGCGCAUCAGACAGCGCACCAACCUCCCCCUUGGCCCUAUCAUUGACACCCAUGGGGAGACCUUCCUGUCCCCAGAGCUUGUUGUCAACCUGCUGCAGGAGACACGUCAUGCCUUUGAGAGAUGCAACAAGCUUUCAGACCCUUCAGACCUGCCCAAGAACGCCUUCUCAAUCUUCCUGCUGCUGGUUGACCAUCUGUGUGUGGAACACAUCGACUACGCCCUGGAGAUUGGCCUCUCAGCGAUUCCCUCAUCAGAUGCCAAGAAUGCCAACCUGUACUUCCUGGACGUGGUUCAACAGGCGAACUCUAUCUUCCACUUGUUUGACAAGCAAUUUAAUGACCAGCUCAUGCCUCUAAUAAGCUCAUCUCCAAAGUUGGCCGAGUGCCUGCACAAGAAGAAAGAGGUGAUUGAACAGAUGGAAGUGAAACUGGACACAGGAAUCGACAGAACAAUUAACUGCAUGGUGGGUCAAAUGAAGUACAUCUUGGCAACAGAGCAGAAGAAGACUGAUUUCAGGCCCGAGGACGAGAACAACGUCAUGAUCCAGUACACUACAGCCUGCUCCAAGGUAUGCGCCUACGUCAGUCGGCAGGUGGAGCACGUGCGGAAGUCCAUGGAUGGGAAAAAUGUGGACACAGUGCUGACGGAGUUGGGCGUUCGUUUCCACCGGCUCAUCCACGAGCACCUACAGCAGUACAGCUACAGCUCAAUGGGAGGCAUGCUGGCCAUCUGCGACGUGGCUGAGUACCGACGAUGCGCCAAGGAUUUCAGGGUCCCUCUGGUGCUGCAGCUCUUCGACACACUCCACGCCCUCUGCAACCUCCUGGUCGUUGCCCCUGACAACCUGAAGCAGGUCUGUUCAGGUGAGCAGCUCACCAAUCUGGACCGAAACCUCCUGCACGCCUUCGUCCAGCUCAGAGUGGACUACCGUUCCUCCAGACUGGGCCGACACUUCAGUUAAUGAUUGAUUCAACACCUCGCUGCCCUCCGUCCAGUGACCCAUGCUUUGAUGAGACGAUGCACCUUGAAGAUUCCCAUCCCUGCUUCAGAGGAAGCAUCGGCCCCGGCAUACAGACUUUUCUGGGGCUGCUUUGUACAUCAUGGAGACAAAGGCUACUGCUCCUUGAAUGUGGGAAAUGUGCAUUUUUCCAUUUUGUUUCAUUGUCAAUUUGUCCAAUCUGAAGAAAUUUAAAUGUCUAUUGACUUAAAUCCAUUUGUUUUUAAAUACUAAUCCACCACCAAUCCACAUGGCUAAUAUUUCUGACAUAUUGUAAGUAAAUGGACAACCUUGAUUUCUGUGUUUAUGUAAAAAGAAACUUUUCUUUUUUUGAUUGUGCCAAAUAUAUAAAUUCUGUGGCCGCAAUUGUGCACAGGAAUAGACCCUAAAGCUGCUGUAAAGGGUCAGCAAUGGCGCUGUACUGUCACACGUCAGGUCUGCAGUAGCACUGUGUGUCGGGAACAGCUACCCUUUUGUAAUGAAGUGUAGGGGACCUGACAGAGACGGCCCCACCGAGCAUGAGAUGUAGAGCUCUGUCUGGCUAGAAGAGACACAUGACCACCUCUCUAACCUUUGACUUCUGACCACAAAGUCGAGGUCAAGAGGCCAUCACUGAGAAGUGUGAUCUGAACUAUUAACAAGUCUGAGAACCUCUCUGGAGGUGUGGGUGGUCCCUUCUUAGGCUAAGAUGACUGGUGUGAUGGGUCAGUGAGCAUGUGUCACUGUAAUUGCACAGAUCAACACUUGCUCAUCCAGCGGCGCACACAGUCCAAAGACAUUGUUGGCUGGAUCUGCAGUGUUUCUGGGUCAGGGGACACUGAAAUGUUGACCCUUUGCUGAUUAGAGAAACAAACUAGAGGGGACUUCUUCACACAGGGCUUAUUUAGUCUCAGUCACUGUCUUCUGCACAAAAAAAAAGAAGGAAGGAAGGUCGAUCAUGUCCCUGAUGCCUGAAACUGUCUCCUAGCAAAGCUGCUCCCGCUGUACUGCUGUUUACCUUAAUUAGUGACUCAUUAAAAAGAUGUUGCAUUUUAUUAUUGUCCCUCUUCUGAACAUCCUUAAUAAAUGGGAAGCUGUGAGUAGAAA